UCCACAGCACCUAGUUUCCUGCAGCUGGUUUUGGGAGUGUCACACUACCACUGAUGGUGGUGCCAGAGUAGUUGAUCCGAUCUCUCCAGUUCUUCUCAAUCAUUCACUCCGUUGACCAACUCUCUGGAUUUUUUGGAGGUCAACCAUUCUCCGACCGGCUCUGUUUCCCCUGAUAUCGUUACCCCAUCCAAGAUUCCCACCGUCCGCGCUUCCCGCUACGUGUUUUACCAGGAGCGUUGCUCCCAGCAGGCUUCGAAUAUCCUUAGAUUGACGGCGAGUGACGUGUCAACAGUACAGUGGCCAGCGUUUUCCACGUUGUAGUCGCUAUCUGGAUCGUGUUUCAGGCACCUCAAUCCGCCUAAUUGUCAGUAUCCAGGCGACAUGACAUCCACCAUUUCCUCGCUUCAAGCCAGCAUGGGAGUUACCCGCGUUGCAUCCGCGUUAUGCACCUCACCGAUAUUUUCCUCCGUCCACGGUGGCCCUCGCUUUCUCGUCCGAGCGAACAGAACCCAGCCCGUUCGCAGUAACCAGAGUCCCGGACUGCGAAAUUUCUCUCCGUUAAAUCUUAACGAGUUCGUAGAAGGAUCGUAUCUGCGUCUCAGCAGCCGUAACACGCGACGGGAGAGCAGCAGGAGCUUCAGAGGCACCAGAAGCCAGACUACCAUGGCCUCAAACAGUGCGGAUUCCGAAGCCGCUACCACGAUCGUGUGGUUCAAGCAUGACCUGAGAGUCAACGACCAUCCGGGCCUGCACGAUCUCUCUGCUGCUGGCCCAACUGAUUCAGCAGCCCUAGCAGCAGCAACAACGAGCCAUGCUAUUCCACUCUUCGUCUUCGAUCCAGAAAUUCUGUCAGCACUCCCAGCCAGUCACUUACCUCUGCUCCUCUCAGCUGCCUCCUCCCUGCGCUCCUCUCUUCGCUCCCUUGGCUCUGACCUCGUUGUCACUCGAGGCGACUCCUCUACUGCCAUAGCUAAACUAUGCAAGCAGGUUCCUUCUGUCCGCACUGUAGCUGCAGAGGAGGAAGUGGAAACCUGCUGGAAGCUUCCGCUUGAGCAGGUCGAGUCAGCCGUGCAUGAACUGGGAGAGAAGGGGCCAGGACAGCCGCAGGAGGGAGAGCAGAAGGAGAGGAGGAUUCGGCUGGACACAUGGCGAGCUGCCUUGCACAAUCUCCAGGACCCUCUCCCCUUGGAAUUCACCAGUUUCAAGCAGCAGAGGGGCCAGCCUUGCUCUCCUCUGCCUCCUCCCUCCACGCUUCCCCCUCUACCUGCUGGCAUCGAAUCGGGAGACCUGCCUUCAUUAGAAGAGCUCUUCUCUCUGGCAGGGAAGGAGGUGGAGGGAACAAACGGCAGUCAAGCAUCGGCCGGUCUACCAGAGAUAGACGGAGAAGCAGCAGCCCUCUCACUUCUGUCCGAGUACCUCCAGGCAGACUUGAAAGGGGGAAGAGGGGCAGGGAGAGAAGGCGGUGGUAACGAGUUGACCCUGGGUGAGGCUAUAGCGGACCUAGAGGUGGUUCCCCGGGCGUCCUUCCAUGCUCUCUUCGCUCCUGCUCUCUCCCUCGGGCUGCUGUCGCAUCGUUAUGUGCACGCUGCAGCGCACAGCAGCAGUGGUGGCGGUGGGGGCUCGACUGCACAGGCAGCGAUCGACACUGUGGAGGCUAGAGAGUGGCACACGGAGAUGGCUCUUCGCCCCCACACAGCCAUGCCACCCUCCCCUGUACCCUCCUCUUCCUCUUCCUCCUCCUCCGACACCUCCUCUGAAUACUCCAGUGAGUGGUCGGAUUCUGACGGCGACUAUUCAUUCCUCUCCACCUCCUCCUCCUUCUUCUCCUCCCCCUCAUUGUCUGCGUCCGAGUCGGAGGGUGAGGAUAGCAGCGCCAUCCUCUCCUUUCCACGCUCUGAGGAGUCCGAGCCUACAGUCGGCCACUGGAGGUGGAGGGGCGCGCUCAUUCAGUAUGGUUCAGCAGGAACGGAAGGGCCGGCUAUUCUAUUUGUUCAUGGAUUUGGCGCAUUCUGGCAGCACUUUCGCGAUGUCAUGCGCCCUCUGGCAGCCUCCGGCCACCGCGUUUGGGCUCUCACGCUGCCCGGAUUCGGCCGGGCAGAGAAACCUUUCUGGUCGUACACGCAGUACGUGUGGCGCGACUGUGUUGCGGAUUUUAUUCGUGAAGUGGUGAAGGAACCUGUGGUGCUGGGCGGCAACUCCAUUGGAGGCUACACUGUGUCUUCAGUUGCCGGCCAGUGGCCAGACCUAGUCUCCUCGCUUGUCUUAUUCAACUCCGCCGGCCGCAUCGACCCAGAUAUCCCCUUCCCCACCUCCUCUUCCUCCUCAUCUUCCUCCUCCUCUUCCUCCUCAUCUUCCUCCUCCUCUUCCUCCUCCUCUUCCUCCUCCUCUCCCUCCUCCACCCUCUCUCCCACUUCGCCCGCUCCACCUCCUGAUGGCGCCUUAUCCAAGGGCCCUCCCAAGCCUGUGGCCUGGCUGCUGUCGCGGGCUCUCUUCCUCUACCUCCGCUUCAACACAGGGCCCAUCCUGAAGCGCUGCUACCCCGUGAGGCCUGAGAGGGCAGACGAAUGGCUACUGGGGGAAAUCUCAAGAGCAGCCACAGACCCGGGGGCGGUGGAGGUGGUGGAGAGCGCCUUCUACCUGCCCAAGCCAGAGCCCCUCAACAGCCUGCUCAUCAGAUAUGGAGGACCCGUGCUCGUGCUGCAGGGUAGUCUUGACCCGCUCAACGACGCUGUGGCAAGAGCCAACCUCAUCACUACCUCGUGCCCUGGAGUUGCCCUUAAGCUGUUGAAAGCAGGCCACUGCCCCCACGAUGAGGUGCCGGAGCAGGUGGCGUUCCACAUGGACCAAUGGGCUCGCGCCACGUGGUGCUCUGUGGGCGAGGACGAGGGCGACCAGCCAAUAGGAGCGCGGCGCGCAGCAGCGGCGGCCAGGUCUCCAGCUGAUGCUCUGGAGAUUCUAGAGGAGGAGGCUGCUGUGGGGGUGUUCGGGGGGGUAUUGGGGGGAGGAGGGAAAGGGGAGGACUUAGGAAACGAAGAGACGAAGAAAGGUCGAACUGGGAAGUGAAAGGAAGACUGCGGCAGUAGCAGUAGUGGCAGCCAGGUUUCCGGCUGAUGCCCGGGAGAUUCUAGAAGAGGAGGCUGCUGUGGGGGUGUUCGGGGGGCUGGUGGGGAGAGGAGGAGGGGGAGGAGGACUCGGGAAGGAAAGAGAAGAGGAAAGGAGGAAGGGGGAAGUAAAAAAGCGUUUCUUACGGAAAGCAGUUGGCAGCAAUGGCGGCCAGGUUUCCGGCUGAUGCUCUGGAGAUUCUAGAAGAGGAGGCUGCCGGGGGGGUGUUCGGGGGGGUGGUGGGGGAGAUGGGAGAAAGGAGGGAAGUGAAGAGCUGACUGAGGAAAGCAUGUAGCUACAGCAGUGGCAAAUUCUCCGGCUGAUGCUCUGGAGAUUUUGGAAGAGGAGGCUGCUGGGGGGGUGUUUGGGGGAGUGUUGGCGGGGAAUGAUGGGCAGAAGAAGCAAAUGGAAGGGGAGGAAGUGAAAAUCUGAGCUGAGGAGCGCAUUAGAACGAGCCACAUAUCAGAAGUUAUUGAGAAGCCUACUGUUCGCGAAUUGUGCCUCCUUUUAUGUCGUUGGCUUUGUGCCAACCACAUCGGGAGAGAAAGAAUGUACUGUAUUUGUAAAAACGAAAUGCGAAUGUUUUAUGGCCACACAA